GGCGAAGCCGGCUUUGGAGAGCUGCUGUGGCGGCGGCAACAUGGCGGACGUGAUAAAUGUCAGUGUGAAUCUGGAGGCCUUUUCCCAGGCCAUCAGUGCCAUCCAGGCGCUGCGCUCCAGCGUGAGCAGGGUGUUCGACUGCCUGAAGGAUGGGAUGCGGAACAAGGAGACGCUGGAGGGCCGGGAGAAGGCCUUCAUUGCGCACUUCCAGGACAACUUACAUUCGGUCAACCGGGACCUCAAUGAGCUGGAACGUCUGAGCAAUCUGGUAGGCAAGCCAUCUGAGAACCAUCCUCUUCAUAACAGUGGGCUGUUAAGCCUAGAUCCUGUGCAGGACAAAACUCCUCUCUAUAGUCAGCUCCUUCAAGCAUAUAAAUGGUCAAACAAGUUGCAGUACCAUGCAGGACUCGCAUCUGGCCUUUUAAACCAGCAGUCGUUGAAGCGCUCCGCCAAUCAGAUGGGAGUAUCUGCCAAACGUAGACCAAAGGCUCAGCCCACAACUCUUGUCUUACCACCUCAGUAUGUUGAUGACGUGAUCAGCCGCAUUGACAGGAUGUUUCCCGAAAUGUCCAUCCACUUAUCCAGACCCAAUGGAGCAUCAGCAAUGCUUCUGGUGACCUUGGGAAAGGUGUUGAAAGUGAUCGUCGUCAUGCGGAGCCUGUUCAUUGAUCGAACAAUAGUAAAGGGCUAUCACGAGAAUGUCUACACAGAAGACGGCAAGCUUGACAUAUGGUCCAAAUCCAACUAUCAAGUAUUCCAGAAGGUGACAGACCACGCCACCACUGCCCUGCUCCACUACCAGCUGCCCCAGAUGCCGGAUGUUGUGGUCAGAUCCUUCAUGACCUGGUUAAGGAGUUACAUAAAGCUAUUCCAGGCCCCGUGCCAGCGCUGCGGGAAGUUUCUGCAGGACGGCCUUCCCCCGACAUGGAGGGAUUUCCGAACCCUUGAAGCCUUCCACGACACCUGCCGGCAGUAGCCCCCACCCUGGCCGCAGCCUCAGACCCCACCCGGCACCUCCCCAGACACACAGGAAGCCCACGGAAGGCUCAGAUAGUUCCUCACCACCCAAAUCAGUACAGCCGCUCCUCCCUUUCAUAAAACAGCGGCAUGAGUGCUGAGGCUGAACCUCCUGAAGAGCAGAACCCUCUCUGUGACUGAUGGGACUAAUUAUUCCCACUAGCCAAUGGACUGAAGGCCAAGAAGAUGUUGAUAGAACCUGGUAAAAGGAAGCUGAGCAGCAUGCUCCUCGUUCGUGUGUGCUCCUCCCUGGACGAUGCCCGUCUGUGAUUUCGUGACUGUUACUAGAACCAGCCCUUGUGUUCAUAGGUAUUGUCAUGCACGGUUGUUGUGUGGCUUUUGGGGUUUGGUAACUUAUUUUUGUAAGCAAUAAACCUUUUGUACCAUGAA